AUGAGCCUUAUUGCAGCUAAGGUUGCGCCAGAGGCGGCGCCCGGGCGGGAGGCGGGGCAGGAACCGGGGCCCGUAGCUCAGGGGCCGGAGGCGGGGCCGGGGCCGGACUCGGAGAGACGGCCGUAGCCGCCGGCAGGGCCCGGCUCCGAGCCUCUCCCGGCUGCAGAGCCCGAGCCGGAGCCGGUCUCGGCGUCGGGUCCGGGACGGGAGCUCGAGCUGGGCUGGGCUGCGGGGCAGCGCGCAGGGGCCCCGCCGGAGUCGCAGCCUCUGCCGGCGUCGGAGUCUGAGAACGGAGUGUCCGAGAGGCCCCGCUGCCACACCGACUGCCUGGAGGUGCCGCUCUCCUGGGCCUUCCGGCGGCUGGGAUGGGAGGUGGGCUCGCACCCCUGGAUCUUCUUGCUGCUGCCCAUGGUUUUAACGGCCGUCCUCGGCGCUGGCCUGAUUCACCUGCCCAAGGAAGAAGACCUCGAGGAGCAGUACACCCCGAUAGGGAGCCCCGCCAAGGCUGAGCGACGCUUCGUGCAGGGACAUUUCACCGCCAACGACUCCAAUCUCUUCUCCAUCGCCAGGAAGAGCACCGGGGUCAAUUAUGCUUCCAUUCUAGUGAUCUCCAACACCAACUCGCUGCUGGAACAAGAAACCUUGUCAGAAAUUAGUGAAGUGGACGACGCGGUUCAGGCUUUGACUGUGACACAGGCAAACGGAACCCAGAUCCUCUACAAUGAGGUGUACUCGAAGAACCAGGGCUACUGUGUACCCUCCCACCCACUCUUGUUCGCCUGGAAAACGAACAGUGUCCUCAACCUGAAAAACAUCACCUUCCCCAUCUACAGCCUAGCCGGCCAGGUCGUGUACCUGGCCAACAUCCUUGGAGGAACUGUGUUAGGCGAGAGCAUGGGACUGAGCCAGUUACUCCUGGAGGCCAAAGCCAUGCGGCUGCAGUACUACCUGAAGACUGGCGAAGGAGAGGACAGCGAACGCAGCAAGACGUGGCUGAUCCACUUCCUGAACCAAGUUGGCAACCUUGAAAAGAGUCUGGCCUUGAAGAAGAUCCAGGUGGUCUACUUUACAUCACUUUCUAGACAACUGGAAUUUGAGGCAACUUCUAUGACAGUGAUCCCCUUGUUUCACUUGGCAUACCUUCUAAUCAUAUUAUUUGCAGUCACAUCAUGCUACAGGUGUGACUGUAUAUGAAACAAAAUGUGGGUUGCAGCCUUUGGAGUGAUUUCUGCUGCCUUGGCAGUGGUGAGUGGCUUUGGCCUGAUGUUGUACAUUGGGUUGCCAUUUGUGAUCAUAGUUGCAAAUUCAGCAUUUCUUAUUCUAGGCAUUGGGGUCGAUGACAUGUUUAUCAUGAUUUCUGCCUGGCAGAAGACCGACCUCGUGGAUAGCAUAAAAGAACGCAUGUCCAAUGUCUAUUCAAAAGUGGCAGUGUCCAUUACAAUCACCAACAUCCUGGCCUUCUAUACAAGAAUUAUGACCUCUUUCAGGUCUGUACAAUACUUCUGCAUCUAUACAGGAACAACUCUUCUCUUUUGUUAUUUUUAUAACAUCACCUGUUUUGGAGCAUUUAUGGCCCUGGAUGGUAAAAGAGAAGUAGUUUGUCUAUGCUGGUUGAAGAAACCAGAAACUCCUGACCAAAAAUGUUCCUCAUUAAAAAAGCCCUGCCGCCUCCCAUGUAAUUCUCUCCGAGACAAACAUAAAGCUGAUAUCCACCCAAUGAAUUUGUUCUUUAGAGACUAUUUUGGUCCUUUUCUCACAAGCACUGAGUCCAAGUUUUUGUAGUGCUUAUAUACAUUUUGUACAUCAUAAGUAGUAUAUAUGGGUGUUUCCAAGUGCAGAAAGGUUUAGACCUCCGAAAUUUGGCAAGUGAUGACUCCUACAUCACACCGUAUUUUAAUGUAGAAGAAGAACAUUUUUCAACUUAUGGUCCCAGGGUUAUGGUUAUUGUUACUGAAGCUCUUGACUGUUGGGAAGGAGAUGCUAGGCAAAAAUUGGAAAAAUGUCUUGUAGAUUUUGAAAGCAGUGACUAUGUAGAUAAAAAUCUUACAGAGUUUUGAUUACGAGAAUAUGUGAAAUAUAUGGAAAACCACCAUCACGAUGUAAAUGAUGAUAACUUUUCUAAAAAAUAUUCCCAAUUUUGUAAUAGAUUCUCCACUUUUUAUGUAUGAUAUUAACAUUACAUCAUCACAGGAAAUCAUCUGUUCCCGGGCCUUCAUUCAGACCAUGGGUGUUUCUUCUUCAACCAAUAAGAAGCUGAUGUUACUCCAGUUCCGAGACAUGGCUGAAAAGUGUGAAAUUCCCCUAAUGGUGUAUAACCAGGCGUUCAUAUAUUUUGAUCAGUAUUCUGCAAUAUUAGAAAACACUGUUCGAAAUUCCUUGAGUAAUCUUGUCAUUUGUAUAGGGGUUUUCUUUUGAUUUUUCUGCGCACAUUUCCUAUGCAUUUGUUUCCAGUUCAAAGCCCUCAGUAAACCAAAAAACCAUCGAGGCAUUGUAUCUGCUAGGCUACCCUGUGUUGCAAAGUGCAAUUUCAACAAUAAUAGGAGUGUGUGUCUUAUCUGCAGCUAAAGCAUACAUCUUCAGGACAUUUUUUAAGAUUAUGUUUCUUGUUAUGGUAUUUGGAGUUGCUCAUGGCCUAAUUUUUAUUCCGGUAUUCUUAACCUUUUUUUGAAAGUUUGACUAGCCACUAGCCAAUCAAAGACCAAUUAUAGAAUUCCUGAUUGCCCCAAUCCAAUCUGAUAAAAAUGUGCUAUUAAGAAUAGUCAAUAAACUAAAGACAAAGGGAUGUUUCCUUGGUGUGGAGAUCCCAUUUUAAAAUGUUAUUUAAAAUAUCCUGAGAAAAAUUAAUUAGUCUUACAUUAAAAUAUCUUUGCUAAAUUAGGAAGUGUUGUCAUCUUUAUUAUGGUCUAUACAAUCAAGCAUAAGUAUAACUUUCCAGUUAUUUUUUCCUUUUAUUUCAUCAUUAGUAGUUUAUGCCUGGAAUUCAGAUAUUUUAUGUGUUAUGCUAUAAAUGGAAUAUUAUUUUCAUUGUACUUCCCAUAUGCAUUAUUAUGUAAAAGUGCAACUGGUUAUUAUUUAUUCUCCUAGUCUGGGGAUUUUCUAUGCAUGUCCUUAGUGGUGUAUUUUGCUGAACUGAAGUUUUUAAGUUUUGGAAUCCAAUUUAUCAUUUUUUUAAUGGUUAGUGUUUUCUGUGUCCUCUCUAAGAAAUUUUUGCCUAAUCCAAGAUUACAAAAAAUUCAUCUAUGUUUUAUUCUCAAAGCUCGUAGUUUUAUUUUUACAUUUAGGUCUAUGACUCAUAGACCCAUGUUUGUUGGGAAGUAUGGAUAGAGGUUCAUUGUAUUCCCAUUAUAGUUAUCCAGUUGUCCCAGCAGCGUUAGUGAAAAGACUGUCCUUUCACCAUAGGGAUUAAUUUGGCACCUCUGUCAGAGAAUCAAUCGACAAUUUAUGUGUGGCUCUAUUUUUGUGCAUUGAUCUGUUUUUCUAUCAUGCCACACUGCAUUGAUUACUGAAGCUUUCUAUUAAUUAUUGAAAUUAGGUAAGGUAUCCAACAUUUUUCCUCUUUUCCAAAUUGUUUUGGCUAUUCUAGUUUCUUUGCAUUUAGAUACUAAUUUUAGAAUCAUUUGUAAAUUUAUAAAAAAAAAUCUGGGAUUUUUGAUUGGGAUCAUGAUUGGGUUAUGGUGAAUCUACAGAUCAAUUUGGGGAAAAUAGAUAUCUUAGCAGUAUGGACUCUUCCAAUCUGUGAGCAUGGUUUAUCUCUCCAUUUUUUAUAUCUUCUUUAAUUUCUCUCAGGCAUGUCUUAUAGAUUUACAUGGAUUUACUUCUAAGUACAUUAAUUUAUUAUAUCAUUGUAAAUUUUUUAAAUCCCCUUUCCAUUUUUUUUACUAGUACAUAAAAAUAAAAUUGGUUUUGGCAUACCUGCCUUAUACUGUGUAAUCUUUUUAGGUUCAUUUAUUAGUUCAUGUAGAGUUUUUUAGUUUCUCUAAUAGUUUUUAUCUAUGCAAUUAUGUAAAGGUCACAUAAAGACAGUUCUGUUUCUCCCUACAUAAACUUUAUCUUGUACUUAUCUUAUUGCACUGGCUUAAAAUGUCCAGUAAAAUGUGGGAAAAUGUACUGAAAGCAGACAUCAUUGCCUUGUUCUCAACUUUGUAAGGAACGUGGUCAAUAUCUCAGGCAGUAUGAUUAUUACCUGGAAGUUUUUCGUAGCCAUCUUCUGUCAGAUUGUGGAAGCUCUUUUCUACAUAUAGUUUUCUGGGAUGUUUUAACAUGAAUGGGUAUUAAAUUUUGUCGAAUAAUUUCUGUCCAUUGACUGAGAUUAUCAUGUCUGUUUUUCUAUCUUAAUCUGUGAAUGUGACAAUUUAUAUUGAGUGAUUUUUUAAUAUUAUACCAACCUUGCAUUCCUAGGAUGACUCACAUUUAGUCGUGGCAUGUUAUUAUUUUCAUAUAUUGCUGUCUUUGUUUUGUUAAUAUUUUGUCAAUGAUAUAUGUUCCUAUGUUCAUGAGGCAUAUUGGUCUACAAUUCCCUUUUUUGUAAUGCCUUUCUCAGGUCUUUAUAUCAGGGUUAUGCUGCCCUCAGGAAACAAGCCAGUAAAUAUAUAUUCCUCCUCUUCUAUUUUCUGAAAUAUAUGAUGUAUGGUUGAUAUAAUUCUUUCAUUUCUUACUUAAAUGUUCAGUAGAAUUCACCAGUGAAGUCUUCUGGGCAUGGAGCUUUUCUGGGAAGGAUUUUUAUUUCAGAUUCACUUUCUUUAACAAAUAGAAGGCCAUUCAGAUGUUCUUUUUCUUCUAGGGUCAAUUUUGGUAUGUUUGGUUUUAUAAGGAAUUUGCCCAUUUUGCUAAUUGGCUAAUUGAUUAUUUUCUUACCAUUUUAAUGUCUAGUGAUGUCCCCUGUGCAGUUCUUGAUAUUGGUAAUUUGUAUUAUGUACCUUUUAUUUCUUGAUCAAGGGAUUAUCAAUUUUAUUAAAUUUUUCCAAGAACCA